UGGAAACUGUGCACGGAAUAUUUAUCUGCAGAAACAUCUAAACAAACAGGUAAACAACAGGAAUGUCCACGUCGUAAGUAUCAACUAGGUCUAUUACAAAUAGAUUCAACUCCUACUCUUCGAUUUCAAUUGCCCAUUAGAAUCUACGAAGAGCCUACCAGGCACAUCAUAAAACACAGAAUCAACACGAUUACACGAACAUAACCAAACUCGCCUCCAAAACAUUGGCAAGCUGAUGAGUUCCUCACCACUCAGAAGCAGGUAAUCGCUUCAUUUCUGAAACAACCCCCAGCUCCACUCCGCCCCUCUCUCAGUGGAGAUUGCAGCAGCUAGCAUCGAUGGACCUUGGUACUGUUCUUGCAUGCAUCCUUUCCUUCUUGGCCGCGGCCUUCUCCAGCGCCGGGGGAGUCGGAGGCGGCUCAUUGUACGUCCCCAUCCUCAACAUCGUCGCCGGGCUCAGCCUCAAGACGGCGACCGCGUUCUCCACGUUCAUGGUCACCGGCGGCACGCUGUCCAACGUGCUCUACACCCUGAUUGUUCUCCGCGGCCACGAGAAGGGCGGCCACCAGCCGCUGAUCGACUACGACAUCGCCGUGGUCUCGCAGCCGUGCCUCCUCCUCGGCGUCAGCGUCGGCGUGAUCUGCAACGUCAUGUUCCCCGAGUGGCUCAUCACCGCGCUCUUCGCCGUGUUCCUCGCAUCCGCCACGUUCAAGACGUACGGCACCGGGAUGAAGCGGUGGCGCGCCGAGACGGCUGCGGCGAGGAGGAUGCUGGAGGGAGGGAGCUCCCUUGGCGAUGGCGCGGGGGAAGCGCUUCUUGGCCAGAAGGAUGGAGAUGGUCAUCGGCGUCAAUGCGUUGACUUGAUGGUGCUCGUCACCAUCUGGCUUUGCUUCUUUGUCAUUCAUCUGUUCAUAGGAGGCGAGGGCGCCAAGGGGGUAUUUGACAUUGAGCCAUGCGGAGUUACAUACUGGCUCAUCACCAUAGCACAGAUUCCUAUCGCUGUGGCUUUCACAGCGUGUAUUGUGCACCAGAAGCGAAAAUCACACGCUCAGAACAGCCAGGAGUUUGACCAGGCAAUUUCAGUGAAGAGCAAGCUGGAAUCUUUGCCAGUUUACGUCUUCCCGGUAGCUGCUCUGCUGACCGGCGUUAUGAGUGGGCUCUUUGGCAUUGGUGGCGGCCUGCUUCUCAACCCUGUCCUACUACAAAUUGGAGUGCCCCCAAAAACAGCAUCGUCGACGACGAUGUUUAUGGUUCUUUUCUGCGCCUCGAUGUCGAUGGUUCAGUUCAUAAUCCUGGGAGUUGAUGGGAUCGUGACCGCGUUGGUUUACGCCAUCACCUGCUUCGUGGCUUCGAUCGUCGGGCUGGUGGUGAUACAAGGCACCAUCAGGAAGUCAGGGAGGGUCUCGCUCAUAGUGUUCAUGGUCGCCGCCAUCUUGGCGCUCAGCGUCGUCGUGAUAGCUUGCUCCGGAGCGGUUCGAGUCUGGGUCCAGUACACGAGUGGACAGUACAUGGGCUUCAAGAUGCCAUGCUGAUGAACGAUUGAUGAGAAUAUUUUUUUGGCAGAUCGUAAGCUCGCAUAGUCGCAUGUACGUCAGCAUGCUGAAACGGUGAAAAUGUGACAGUUGCACCAAACGCUUCGGCCACUUUGGUCUUUGGUUUGAUGGUGUGUAUUUUUUUUAGAGGGCAUCUACACAACGAAAUCCUGUUAUUAUGAGAUACUAGUACUUCAAGUGACACCUCUCUUUCCUUUCUUCUAUAUAGGUGAGAUUUCACUUGGU